CAAAUCGCAACACAAGCUUCAACAUAUAAAACCAAUGACGACGCCCGAAACAAUCACAGUUUUCAGUCCAAAAUGUUGAUCAAACAAUUCAAAAUCUAUCUCGUAGCGCUCGUUCUGUGUGGCUCUGUGCCCAAAAUAUUGUGCUCUUCUAUGGGGUACGAGCGUUUCGGGGCUUCUUUAGAUACCAUCAACUCUCGCCUGAACAAUCUAACCCAAAGCUUGACAGAACACCGCCAGACGUACCAAUCAGAUAUGGAAAAGCUUUGGCAGAAAAUGAAAAUCCUCGAAAACUUCGUUGGAAAAAACAUUGAUAAACUACCGGUAUCCUCUUCUUCAUCCAACGAUGGAUAUAUCAAAAGUGGGACAAGUGAUGAAAGAGAAGAAGCUCCACGAACGUGCUACGAUGUUCGUAAUUCUCCAUCCGGAAUACAUCAAUUGCACUCAAAAAAACGAUACGGGGCACCGUACGGAGCCUUAUGCGAUAACGAUUACUCAGGUGGAGGCUGGACGGUGAUCCAAAAGCGUUUCGACGGCUCCGUGGACUUCUACCGAGGCUGGAAGGACUACGAGGAUGGAUUCGGUGAUCUGCAAGGGGAGUUCUGGCUGGGAUUGGAGACCAUUCAUGAGCUCACCUCUUCCAAACGUCAUGAAUUGCAUGUGCUCUUAGAGGACUUUGAGGGUAAUUCCAAGGUGGCCACAUACGACGACUUCCGCGUGGCCGAUGAGGCAGAGAAGUACAGACUGGAGAGCCUGGGACGGCACAAUGGCACAGCAGAGGAUUCACUUACUUAUCAUCGUGGUCAAAAGUUCAGCACCUUCGAUGCGGACAACGAUUCGGAUUAUUACUACAACUGUGCUGAAGACCGGAGUGGCGCUUGGUGGUACUAUGAAUGUGCUGUUAGCAAUCUCAACGGGAAGUAUCUUGGUAAAGGCGUGAAGGACAACAAAAAGGGAAUGUUCUGGCUGUAUUUCCAUAACUCCUUGUAUUCGCUCAAAAGCUCACGAAUGAUGAUCCGGGAGAAGAUUUAAAAAGUUUUUUGACACUUGCUGCCAUUUUAAGCUCUAUCAGAUUAUGUUAAGUUCUUUUUUUUCUUAAUUAUUUAUGAAAAAACGUUGGCAGAACAGUUCAGAAAAAUAUUCAUGAAUGCCAA